AUGGAUACAAGUGUCCAGUUCACCAGCGAUAAAGCCAACCGGCGUCGCACUCAGAAUCGUCUAGCUCAGCGCAAGUUCCGCGAGAAGAAGCGGAGAAUAACAGACAAUCAUGAUGCUGAUGUGCAUACGACUCAAGAGAUAGCUGAGACUUUCAAUAUAGCAUCUCAACCGACACCAACUACAAAUAAUUCAUCUUCAUCUGCCAAUUCUUUGCCUUCGGUCGCAAAUGCAACUGAACUUGCUGGAGCUUUGUCUUCAGAUGAGAUCCCUAUCAUCAUUAAUAGUCCAGAGCCGAUAGAUAACUUCGAUUUCAAUUUCGAUCCAAUAAGCCAGCUAUUGAAUGAAACCAAUGAUCAGAACCUCUUUCAGUUACUCGAUCAAUCUCACAGCGCUAUUGAUGACCGCCCAUCCCGUCAUACAAUUCCUGGCUCUGACAUUCGCCAAAGCAGUCCAGGUUCUCAAAUAACACAACCUCGCAGUGCCGAGGCAAUGUUCGGACUCAUUACAUCGGCAAGGAGUGACAAAGGAUGGAUCAGCACACUUCACAUCGCCGCUCAGAAGGGCCACGAAAAUAUUAUUCGAAUGCUUUUGCUCCGUAAGAACAGCGAUGUAAACAAGCAUGACAGCGACGGUCGGACACCCUUGAUGCACGCGAUAAUUGAGAACCAUAAAUCUGUGGUCGGCCUUUUGCUCUCUCAUGGCGCUAUCAUUGGUCUGUCUGAUUGUGACGGUCGCAGUGCACUGCACUGGGCUGUUUUAUAUCAGCGAACCGACAUACUCCACAUAUUGCUCGAACAUCACGCCAAGUACGAGCGCAGCUUAGAUAUUGAUGCCCCUGAUAAUAAGGGCUGGACUCCACUGCAUAUAUCUGUGACUAGGGCCUUUGAAGAUGGAGUUUUGAUUCUGCUCCAAGAAGGAGCGGACAUCAAUGCUAUAGCACACAAGUGUCCAUAUACCGGCAAAGUGAUGCCGUCAGUGGAUAGACAGUCUUAA